AUGCUCUCCAUGAGACGUAGGCGAACCAAAGAAACGAAAGGAGAAGAAAGGACUGAAGCGCGAGUUCUGGCAGGUCAUCAGCAGAAGAGUUUACCAUUCUUGAGGCUGCGCGGUGAAUGCAUUGAACGUUGUGCCAAACCUGGAUCGGGGCAAUUGACGCAUUAUUCAGCGGGCUCUCCUCAUUCACAAACCACCAUGGCCUCCUCAUCGUCUCUCCGCGUCCUUGCACAGGCCGCCUCAAGGACCUCCCCAAACGUCCGCACAACUGCCUAUAGAUCCAUACGAACUUUCGCAGCAACGGCCUCUCCUCGGAGAACAUCACACUUUGGCCUACCAUUUGGUUCUCGACCCUCCCACAGGAAUCAACAUGUGCCUCUCUCAAUACAGCCUUCUUCAAAACGAUCUAUGUUCAUCCAGACAGAGACAACUCCAAAUGACGACUCGUUGAAGUUUAUUCCCGGCGUUCCGGUAAUGGGCGAGGAAGGGACCGCAGAAUUUCUCGAUACGCGCUCCGCCCUCGCGUCGCCGCUUGCCAUCAGACUCAUUGGUGUCGAGGGUGUAACCACCGUGUUCUACGGCCCCGAUUUCAUAACUGUGUCCAAGGAUUCUGAAAACCCGUGGUCUGUCGUCAAACCAGAAAUAUACUCCAUCCUGAUGGAGCAUUUCUCUUCUGGGCAGCCCUUAUUCCGUAGUGCUGAAGACCGUGAGGCAGCCGGCCCACAAGACACCCGAAUCCUAGACACGGACUCCGAAACGGUGGCCAUGAUCAAGGAAUUACUGGAGACCAGAGUUCGCCCUGCAAUCAUGGAAGACGGCGGCGAUAUCGAGUACCGCGGCUUCGACGAAGAAACAGGCAUUGUUACAGUCAAGCUAAAAGGAAGCUGCCGAGGCUGUGAUUCCAGCACUGUAACUCUGAAAUCUGGGAUCGAACGCAUGUUGAUGCAUUACAUCCCAGAAGUCAAGGGGGUGGAGCAGGUUCUGGAUCCGGAGGAGCAGGUCGCACUGAACGAGUUCUCCAAAUUGGAGAAGAAACUAUCACGAAAGGAGGAAUCCAGCGACUCUAGCAUGGCCCAAUACAUGUCUGUAUAG